UUCUGCUCGGGGUCUGCCGCGCUGUUCCGUGGUGUCUUGUCGUGGUGUCCGCCGGCCUGUCCGCCACAGCUUCUUGUGGCGUCGCGUGAUGAUGGCACUGCAGCCGAGGCGUGUCAAGGGCAACCUUCUCGAGUUUGAGAACGCUUAGGGGCCACUCCGAACGUCCCAACAGUGAUUCUAGCAAGUCCAUGUAAACGCUCGUCUGAUGACUGCCAGACACGCCGACGAGUACGACGACGACGACGAUCUCCGGAUCAGCCCCCCUGUAGGUUUGCCGACUUGGCAGUUUCGGGGCUCGCCGGCCCCGGCAACAAAAUCUCGAGCCCAGGGCGUGGCCCACAUCGUUGUUCCAGCGGCCGUCCGGGGCGACCUGCGCACCCGUUGGAGGACAAGAAGGACAAGAAGGAGGCGGGGCGGGUCGGGGACAAGAAGGACAAGAAGGACAAGAAGGAGGACAAGAAGGACAAGAAGGACAAGAAGGACAAGAAGGAGGACAAGAAGGAGGCGGGGCGGGUCCAGGGUGGUGCCCUCAUGGGGCGCCGCCCGCCCCAGCGGGUCCCGACCUGGCCGGGGCCGGCCGCGAGUCCUGACGAAGGGCAGCGCCCGCUGCUCCGCCGCGGGUUCGAUCACGACGAGCGGCGCCUCGUGCUCGAGCGGCCGUCUGGAACGCCUCCGGGGAGGCGCAGCCUCCGGAGCGCACCCGCGGAACGCCCUCGGGGAGGCGCAGCCGUCGGAGCGCACCACGAGGGCGAAGGCCCGCCGAGACUCGACGAGAAGGCACGAGCAGCGCGCCCCCCCGUUGUUCCGGGCGGCCGUCCGGGACGAUCUGC